UAUUAUCGUUAUCUCCUAUCUAUGGUUUAUACCAUUAUACAAAUUAACAUUUUACCCAACCUCCUGCCAAAUGUCACUCUGGGCUUCGAACUGUUUGAUUCGUGUUACAAUGAAGUGAAGUCAUUAAUAGGAACAACAUGGAUUUUAUCAGGAAAAAAGAAAAUUGAGCCAAAUUUUAAUUGUCAUAAAGGAACCAUGCCAUUGGCUAUAGUAGGCGACAUGCCUUCCAAGGCCUCAAUUCCAGUGGCUCGGAUACUAGGACUGUACAGAUAUCCUCAGAUAAGUUAUGCAGCCGCUCAUCCAGAUCUGAGCGACAAAAUCCAGUUUCCAUCCUUCCUCAGGACUAUCCCUAAUGACAACUAUGAGGUUUUUGCCAUGGCUCGGUUAGCAAAACAUUUUAACUGGUCUUGGGUGGGCGUGAUAACCUCUGAUAACGAGUUGGGAAGAUCAGGUAGUCAACUGUUAGUGAAAGAGAUCGAAAGGGAUGGUGGAUGCGUUGCUUUUCUAGAAACACUUCCAAUCUACAAUUCCAUUGAGGCUGUUUAUCGCAUUUCAGACGUCAUCAAGAAAUCUAAAGCUACGGUUAUUCUUGUGUACUCCACUAUGGAGAACCUCAUAUCUUUAAUGGAGGAAGCUUCAGUCCAUAACAUCACUAAUAAGGUUUGGGUUGGAUGUGGAAGCUGGUCUAUUACUUCAGACUUUCCUAAAAAAGACAUUUUAACAACCUUAAAUGGGAGUCUUGGUUUGGCCCCUCAAAGUGGAAAAAUCCCAGGAUUCAAAGACUUUCUCUAUAGCAUUCGUCCAUCUAGAUUUGUAGAUGACAUCUUUAUGAAAACAUUUUGGGAAAAGGCAUUUGAAUGUGUUUGGCCAGCAGAUGGUUUACUCAACUUUACAGAAAAAAUCAAAGAAGAAACCGUGUGGUGCACAGGGAAUGAGAGACUGGAUAGUAUUGAUCCAAAUAUUUAUGAUGUCUUCCACUUCAGAUACACAUAUAAAGUGCAUAAUGCAGUUUAUGCAGUAGCUCACGCCUUGCAUCAGAUGAAUUCAUGUGUUGCAGGCAAUGGGCCUUUUGAGAAUGGAUCCUGUGCAGACAUUUAUAAUCACAAACCAUUUCAGCUGCUGCAUUACAUAAAACAUGUUAAAUUCAAUAACAUGGCCGGGGAGACUAUAUUCUUUGAUGAGAAUGGAGAUGUCCCUCUAUAUGUAGAUGUCCUGAACUGGCAGCUUUACCCCAAUGGCAGCAAUCAAUAUGUCCACAUUGGAAGUUAUGAUGCUCGUUCUCCAAAAGGCCAGGAACUCAAUAUUGAUCAGAGCAAGAUUGUAUGGAAUGCAGGACAGGCAACGGUUCCCAUCUCAGUUUGCAGUAAUCCAUGUCAACAAGGUCAAAGAAGAGCCACUCGACAAGGACAGAAGAUUUGCUGUUUUGAUUGUAUUCCCUGCUCUGAUGGAGAGAUCCUCAAUCCUAAAGAUGACAGCGAAUGUCUCAAGUGCCCAGACGAUAUGUGGCCGAACACUAGUAAAGAAAAAUGUGUCCAAAAACCAGUUCAGUUUCUCUCGUAUGAGGAGUCACUGGGAUCUUCAUUGACCUGUAUUGCUGUAACAUGCUGUGUAUUGACUUUCUCUGUUCUCUGCCUGUUCAUUAUAAAACACAGGACACCCAUAGUGAAGGCCAAUAAUCGAGAGCUCAGCUAUCUCCUCCUUGUCUCCCUCAUGUUCUGCUUCCUAUGCUCCUUGGUAUUCAUUGGUCAACCUGAGAAAAUGACUUGCAUGCUACGACAAGUGAUCUUUGGUGUCAUCUUCUCCAUUUGCCUUUCUGUAAUCCUGGCCAAGACAAUCACUGUGAUCAUGGUCUUCAGUGCUACCAACCCAGACAGCAAAUUGAAGAGAUUAGUGGGACUCCGAAUACCAAUUUAUAUAGUCCCUUUUUGUACAGUGGUUCAGGUAGUGUUAUGCAUUAUCUGGAUUAUCAGUUCUGGACCCUUUGUUGAAUUCAACAUGGCAGCUGAGGUUGGGACAAUAGUUGUUGAAUGUAACGAGGGAUCUAAAGUGUUAUUUUCAUGUGUAUUGGGUUAUAUGGGUCUUUUAGCUUUUACCAGCCUCCUUGUAGCAUUUUUGGCCAGGGAGCUCCCUGAUACCUUUAAUGAAGCCAAAUUUAUAGCCUUUAGCAUGUUAGUGUUCGCCAGUGUUUGGAUAACAUUUAUCCCAGCUUAUCUCAGCACCAAAGGUAAGUACAUGGUGGCUGUGGAGAUCUUUGCCAUAUUAUCUUCAAGUGCUGGGGUACUUACAUGCAUAUUUUUCCCCAAAUGUUACAUUAUCUUACUGCAGCCUGAAAUGAACACUAAAGAGUAUAUAACUAGAAGAAACACAACAAAUCAGGGACUCCAAGGUUUCCUAUUCUAA